AAUGUUAUUUCAAAUCAACGUUCGCAAAGCAACAACGGGCAGCAGCAACAGUCUGGAGGUACAAACACAAACUUGUUACAGUCGAUGAUUCCAUCUGCUGAAACUGAAGGUGCUCCAAAUCUUUUGGCUGCCACAGAAAUGCAUUAUACAGAGACUUUUCGACAGGAGGGAGGAAAUAGGAAAACUAAACCAGCCACCCCGCAAUCUGGUAGGCAGCCUCCAGAACUUGAAGUUGGAGCUGGUCUGAAUCAAAGACGCAAAAGUGGUGUUUAUAUGCUUGGUAUGAACAUUAAAGAAGAAAAACCGUCAACUCCACAAUCUACCUCUCCUCAAUCAACACAACCUACGGCUACAUCUACAGCGGUUAAACCUAUUAGGAAAUAUUCUUUAAAAAAUAUUUUUUAG